UUUGAACUAAUCUUGAUAGUUUUGCAGUGUUAGUAGAUGUUUUUGUGAGGGCAAGGACCGCUGCUACUCCUCUUUCCAGAACCAAUCAGUUGCAAGGUCACCGGUCUCCACUAUAUCAACUCUGCAGCUAGAUCCAACUCAUAUUCAAAAAGCAGCCGCAACAAGUGCUUGGAGAGUUUACAGCAACCUUUGAAGAUUUCAGACUAUUUGAAAGCACCUCCUGCAGUCAUGGCACCGAUUCUUCUUAACUGUAUGGGAAAUGAGCACAAAGACUACAUCAAACAACAGGUCCAAGUAAAAAAUCCCUACUUGGACACUAUGGAGGAGGACAUUCUCUACCACUUCAGUUUAAGCACCAAGACCCACAACCUUCCAGAAAUGUUUGGAGAUAUUAAGUUUGUGUGUGUUGGUGGAAGUGCAAAUCGUAUGAAGGCUUUUGCCCAGUUCAUUCACCAGGAGCUGGAACUGCCAGGAAACCCACAGGAAAUCGGAGACAUCUGUGAGGGAACCGAUCGCUAUUGCAUGUACAAAGUGGGACCUGUGCUUUCUAUUAGUCAUGGCAUGGGAGUCCCCUCAAUUUCCAUUAUGUUGCAUGAGCUCAUUAAACUGCUGCAUCAUGCCCAAUGCCGCGAUGUGGUCUUGUUUCGCCUGGGAACAUCCGGUGGAGUCGGCCUGGCUCCAGGGACGGUGGUAAUCACUGAUAAAGCAGUGGACUAUUCUUUCCAACCUCAGUUUGAACAAGUGGUUCUGGGUAAAGUCAUCACCAGAAGCACAGAGCUGGACGAGGAAGUCGCCAGUGAGCUCUUGCAGUACUCCUCUGAGCUUCAAAACUUUCCAACUGUGAUUGGAAACACCAUGUGCACCCAUGACUUCUAUGAAGGUCAAGGACGACUUGACGGAGCUCUCUGCUCCUUCUCUCAUGAAGAAAAGCUGGAAUAUUUGAGAAAAGCUUACGAGGCUGGAGUGAGGAACAUUGAAAUGGAGUCUACUGUAUUUGCUGCCAUGUGCCGUGUCUGUGGCCUCAAAGCGGCUGUGGUCUGCGUUGCGUUACUGAACCGCUUUGAGGGAGACCAGAUCACCUCUCCUCAUGAUGUUCUGGUGGAAUACCAGCAGAGACCUCAAGUCCUGGUGUCUCACUUCAUUAAGAAACGCUUGGGAAUUCUUGUCUGAAACUUCUGCCAUCCUAAAAAAUUGUACAUAGCUUUGACUAAUAUGUGGAUAUGUAUAUACACAUACUGUACUUAACAUGUUGGUAUUUGAAUGAGACAGUUGUUUAAGAGUUAUAUGUUAGAUGUUUAUAAUUAAUUGAUGAAACUAAAAUAGUGUGUUUAUAUAUAUAUAUAUAUGUGUGUGUGUGUGUGUGUAUGUUUAUUUAAUAAUGUAUUAUAUCUUUUAAAAUGAAAGAAUUAGUAUUUAUGUAAAGUAAUAUAAAUCUUUAAAAUGAAGUGUUCUGUUUGCUGAUUUCCAUGUUAAUGCCAAGGCUGCAGUUCAUGGACAGUGAUUGUAGCUAUAACUACAAAUGUGACAGGUAUACAGUAAACAUCCUAAUGGGAUAUUUAGAGGGUCAGAAAACCAUUUUAGCAUUUACAUGAAUGGAGUUAAAAAACAGGAAAUUGCUUGUAAUGGAAAUUUGCAUUAAAUGACCUGUAGUCUCCCUAAUCAUUAGUCUUGUAAUUCAUUUUAUGGUGAAA